CAGACGAUGCAGCUGGUUGUCAUGGCAACAGUGCUGGCACUGGUGGGGGCGGGGCAGGGCUGCAGAUCCAGGUGUCAUCUGACCGAGGUCCGCAUCCCUGUGGAGAGCUGUGGCAUCACCGAGUGGAUCAACACCAGAAUAUGUUUAGGACAGUGUUACCACGAGGAUUCGCCCUACAUCAGCCCUACUGGCAGGGAAAAACAGAAAGUCUGUAACGGGGACUGGUCCUACGAGGUGAUGCACAUUAAAGGAUGUCCAGUGGGUGUCAGGUACCCUGUGGCCAGAAACUGCAGGUGUACCGAAUGUAACCCCGAAAACGCGUACUGCGGGCACUUUCACGGACACAUAUCCAGCUGUGUCUCAUUUUAA